AGGGCAAGAGUUCACCGGUCUGUCGCUAACUUACCCGGGGAGUUUCUCUCAGUUGGACGAGAGCUCCGCAGCAAGUUUACAGCUGAACACAUGUGAUCUAGGAAGGAGUCCACACUUCACCCAUGGAUAGAAGUUAAAGCCUCUGGAGAACACCGGAUACGUUACAGGCGGAGGUUUCCCUCACUUUAGGGACGGACGGCAGCGGAGGAAGAUUCCCUGACGGUGUUUGAGAGAGCGUGAGAGUGGCCCGAGACAUGAUGUCCAUUGGAGCUGAUAGCUGACACUGUAGCAUGAGAGAGGAUGGAGCAGACAGACAACCCUGCCCCUGAGAGCAACAACCCUAAUGGGUUUGUCAACCGAGUGUUUAGUGUUUCUCUGGAUGUGGAGAAUGAGACGAGCAGUGUUUAUAUUCAGGAGCCUGGGCCAGUGCUUGCGGAGGGGCAGGGAGGGACCCAAGCUGCCUCUUCUCAGUCCCCUGUCAAGGACAGACAGGAGGUCAACCGGAGGCCCCGGGCCUCGGGCGGCAUCUGGAAGAUCUUGAAUCGAAAGAGAGCUAUGUCCGAGCUGGAGAGGCGACCCCACUCCAUGAUCUUGCCCGGGGAGGCUUCCAUCCCUAAACUCUCAUUCGCUGACAAAGUUCGCUCCUUCAAGAAGCUCAAGUCGCCCUCUGUGUUCAGGGGCAAGGCAGGCAAACUGUCAACAGCAAGGUUCGGCAGCUCGUUUGUGGACGAGGAGUCUUUCUGUGGGGACAUUGGCACUCCACAGCAGUCCAGCAGGGGCACGCUACGACACCGUGGCAAGCGGCACUCGUAUGCCGGCCACACUGCCGAAUUCGACUGCUCGUUUGAAGAUAUUGACUUCUCAGCUACUUUGGACAGGCAUCAGCCCACUGUGACAGGAGAGGCUGUGACUCAGAAUGGUUGUAAAUCACCUGAAAGAGUUUCCUAUGCCAAAAGAAGCCACAACAAUUCAAACAACUGCAACAAAACCGCCUCAGGCUGUGAAGAGCCCAGCAUCAAGGGUAGCCUGCGCAACCACCAGGGGAGAGGGAGGAGGCAGAAAGAUGUGUGGAGUUACCUGAGGAGGAUUUCUCUUCUGGGGAAGGCCAACCCUGUUUACUCAGAGAGCUUUGACUCUGAACUCCCCUCUCUGGACAAAACCAUCGACUCAGACUAUGGCUCUGUAGACUUUGACAUUGUCAGGGACUUGCAACCUCCGCCCCCGAAACACUCUGACACCAAGGGGCACUUUGGGGGCCUGUUCAAGUUUUUCAACAGCGUAGCAGAGACGGCCAGAAAAUGGCGGACGACGUCUCGUUCCUUUUCGCCUCCAGAGGGAGAGGCGACUCCGAUGAGCUCCCCGAGGGCUCCACAGCGCACAGUGGACAACAUUCACAGUGUGUCCCUGACACUUCACAGCGAAGGACUUCCAGCAUCCCAGCCUAACCCGUCGUCACCAGUGAACACUAAAUCCUUACACUCCAGUGGCUUUGAAAGCGAGGCUACAGUGCCUGCGACAGGGGGACGAUCCCCUAAGGUGGUCCUGAAAGCCUUUAGGGCAUGCCCAAGAUCUCAAGCUGUCAAUGGCCUCCAGAGCUCUGAGGGUACAGACAAACAUAUGGAUGGAGAGACAAACCACACGUCUACAGCCAUAGUAGAGAAUCACAUCCCUUCAUGUCCAAACAUAGAGUCUAAAUACGUAACAGGGGUUAAAAGAGAUCCAUCACCCUGUCUCUGUCAAGAGGAAAAGGUAGAGGGACAGACAGGAAAUGAGCAGGAUUCCAAGGAUGCUCCACCUGACUCCCACCAGAUACAGGAAGUGAAUGUGCUAUCACAACAAGGUGAUAAAGAGAGUACAACCAAUAGCGGGCCCGCAUCAGAUUCCACAGAGGAAAUAUUCAAGCUGUGUGAGCAGAUUGCCGGCCAGACAGGCUGCAGUGUAAGACAGCCGGGCUCGGCCCUGCCCCACUCUAGCACAGAGAGGACCUCUGUACAUCACAAGCACCCCCGCUCUCGUCCUCGUCCUCGCCCGGCCUCGGCUAUCCUGGACCUCGGGAGGCCCAACCAUGACCGAGAUCUCUACAGCCACUACAGUGAGGUGGGAUCGCUGUGUCGGAGGAGACGCAGGCCUGCUGCCACCACGCAACAUUCCCCGGGGCAGAGACGGGUGGCCGCUCGCUCCAGGCCCUGCUCUGUCAUAGAGACCAGUGUUACUAGGGAGACGCAGUCCAUGGAGAUGCACCACAGAGCCUUGUCGCGCCCCCCGGGUGUGUCACCAUUAGAGCCCCCACUUCGGGCAUCUCUCCAGCGGUGCAGCUCCGUGCCGCUUUCCCCCAGCACACUCACGGCCUUGGCGCGGCUGCUGCCUCACUCAGAUAUGGGUCAGUUGUCAUCGUCGGUGCGUUUGCGGUCUGGAGACUCCGGGAGCUGCAGGAGGAGGAGGCUGUUGAGACCUGGCUCAGAACCACUGCAGGUCAACAUGUUGAUAAGUGGAGGUUCAAUCGUCAAUGCUGAGGCGGUAUGGGACCAUGUGACCAUGGCGGACCGGGAGUUGGCGUUUAAGGCCGGUGACGUCAUCAAGGUGCUGGAUGCCUCCAACAAGGACUGGUGGUGGGGCCAGAUUGAUGAGGAGGAAGGAUGGUUCCCUGCCAGCUUUGUACGGCUGUGGGUGAACCAGGAGGACGGGGGAGUGGAGCCAGCUGAGGGGACCAGUGAGGUGCAGAACGGGCACCUGGACCCGAGCAAUGACUGCCUGUGUCUGGGUUCUCCUCUCCAGAACCGAGACCAGAUGAGAGCCAACGUCAUCAAUGAGAUCAUGAGCACAGAGAGACACUACAUCAAACACCUCAAGGACAUCUGUGAGGGCUACCUGCGCCAGUGCAAGAAGCGCGUGGACAUGUUCAACGAUGACCAGCUGAGGGUCAUCUUUGGCAACAUCGAGGACAUUUACCGCUUCCAGAUGGGCUUCGUCAGAGACCUGGAGAAACAGUACAACACGGAGGACCCGCACCUCUCUGAAAUCGGACCAUGCUUUUUAGAACAUCAAGAUGGUUUUUGGAUCUAUUCGGAGUACUGUAACAACCACUUGGACGCCUGUAUGGAGCUGAGCAAGCUGAUGAGGGACGGCAGGUACCAGCACUUCUUUGAGGCCUGUCGCCUCCUCCAGCAGAUGAUUGACAUCGCCAUAGACGGCUUCCUGCUCACCCCUGUCCAGAAAAUCUGCAAAUAUCCACUCCAGUUGGCCGAGCUGCUCAAAUACACCGCACAGGAGCACAGUGACUAUCGAUACGUGGCAGCAGCCCUGGCAGUAAUGCGGAACGUCACUCAGCAGAUCAACGAGAGGAAGAGGAGGCUGGAGAAUAUUGACAAAAUCGCCCAGUGGCAAGCUUCUGUUCUGGACUGGGAGGGAGAUGAUAUCUUGGACAGGAGCUCGGAGCUGAUCUACACAGGGGAGUUGUCAUGGAUCUAUCAGCCUUACGGACGCAGCCAGCAGCGAGUCUUCUUCCUCUUUGAUCACCAGCUGGUCCUCUGUAAGAAGGACUUGAUACGCAGAGAUAUCCUGUACUAUAAGGGCCGCAUCGACAUGGACCGCUACGAGGUGCGGGACGCCUUAGACGGGCGCGACGACGACUUCAACGUCAGCGUGAAGAACGCCUUCAAGUUGUGCAACAAAGACAGCGAGGAGAUCCACAUCUUCCUGGCCAAGAAGCCGGAGGAGAAGAUCCGCUGGCUCAGGGCCUUCCACGAGGAGAGGAAGAUGGUGCAGGAGGACGAGAAAAUCGGUUUCGAGAUCUCUGAGUACCAGAAGCGGCAGGCGGCCAUGACAGUGAGAAAGGUGACUAAACAGAAAGGUGUAAACAGGUGCACGCCCCCCUCAUACCCGCCCCCGCAGGACCCCCUCAGUGCAGGGCAGUAUGAGGUAUCGGAGGACAUGGCACAAGGAGAGGUUUUUGAAUUCAGUCAAUCCAAAAGAGGCCAGGCUCCCUUCUGGCAGAAUUUUAGUAGAUUAGCUCCAUUUAGGAAAUAGAGACACACAGACUCUUCUGAAGGACCAGCUAUUUUUCUUAGAAGCACUAAACACUGGAUGAUCAUGUCCCAUGAUGAGGAAAAAUACGAAACACACACACACACCCAAACACCAGAGACUCCGAAGUUAAGGACCAAUGUUAAUAUAGAGUGUGAUCUGAAGCAGCAAGAGGACUGAAGACUUGGAAUGAAAACAUUGAGGAAAAAAAUUUACUCAGUUCAUCUUGUAUGUUAGUAAGGUUCUUAGUUAUCAUGCUUCUCCAGUUGAGUCAACUGUCAUGAACUCCUUCCCUCGGAUUCUGCAUUGUUCACGCCAUCUGAAUGUCCUGGAGUUAUUGAGAUUGUUAUACUGUAUGAUUUCAUUUUUUAAAUCCAUCCUCUGGAAAGAAACACAAGGCCAAGCCAGGUCACUCCUAAUGGUAUGAUUGUUUCCAAAAAGCUGAGAUCUUGCUGUGCUGCUAUGUGAGAUUACUUGUUGCAUUCUCCUGAAUGUGCGACCGGACGAGGAUGGGCCUCAGCUCCUGGCUGCGGCGUACGACCGGACCUGUGAAGCUCGACUGUCUCCGCUCCGCUGACGUCUGCGUCCGGAUCUCCUCCUUACUCUCGACGCUCCACACUCACUUCCUCUAGCCGUCUGCAUACACACAGUCGUAGCCCUCUUGACGUCAGCGUCGCCCUCCCUCUCUGCAUCCCUCUCUAUCUCUCUACCCACCUGCUCGGCCUCUGUGAGUCAGUGGCUCUCUAGAGGAAGAGCCUGGCUUUCUUGGAAGCUCGCCCAUUGGCUGUGAUAUGACGGGUCGGGGAACAAAUCAAUAGUCAGAACAUCAAUAGAAUAUUUACAUCCUUUCACCAACCAAUUCUGACAGGGUAUUCAUAUCCAAUCACGCCGAGGGGGCUGCGGGGUUGCGCCUGCCACGCUGAUGAAACAGCUGGGCGCUGGAGAUAGGCACGCUACGCUCCACCUGCCUCUUGUCAGAGCCCCCCCUCUCUCCCCCCCCACCACUCUCCCCAGAGACCACCCCUGUAGCACUGUGCUGGCAGCUCACUGGGUGUUUGGAAAGAGCGUGGCCUACCUCCGGAAAUCCACCGAGAACUAAAAGUGACGUUGAUGCAUUGGCCAAGAUCUAAAAAGAUCUCUCUUUUUCUUGUCAGCUGUUAAGAAAACAGACUUCUUCUUCUUCAGUUGACUUUAUUAUUUUGUAUUGCUCACACUGUAAAAAGCACAGCACAUAUUCAGUCUGAGAAGUACUUUAGCAGGGGCAAUGCCACAGCGUGACAAAGUAGUAGAGCGUUCUGUCCAGCACAAGGGGAAACGGUCGGAGAAAAAUGGCAGAAAUUUAAAAAUGAACAGAACGACAGCGUGAGUCGUGAGUCAGUGCUGCAAAAAAAAAGUGCAGAAAGGUGAAUUCAAUCUGUAGCACGCAGGUGUCGUCUGACAGAUUCAUGAAUCUCCGAAGACCGCAGCUUCAAAUCUUGGCACUCUUCCUCCGCCGCCACGUUUGUUUUCCCAGAUCUGAUCCGUGUUCUGGCGGUUAGCUGCGGCUCUCGCUAAGUGAUUUACAAAGGACUGGUGCCCGAGAUGAGAUUGAUCUGUUUAAUCAACAAAAAGCUGCUGCGAGAGAGAGAGAGAUCCUGCCACAGAGUCCGUCAACGGGGGAGUUAGAGAAGAGAAGAUGGACAGAGGAGAAACUACCAAUUCACACACAACAUGAAGGUGUAUUCUUUUCUACAGUUGGAAUGUAAGUGAAACAAACGCCUGUCCGUGCUUUGUGAUCAUACUUUGACCUCAGACACAGACGUACACUUUGUGUUGAAUUAUUAUCACCUGACGGACAGUACAUAUACAGUUUGACAACUUGUGCGAUGUGAUAUAUCAUUAUAUAUCUUCACUAUUCACUACAACGUGAUAUGAAAGAGUUAUAUAUCGUUCUAUGUCAUUUGUUUGCCUUCUUACAGGCCUUAUAACCUAUUGGAAAAAAAAAGACCUUCGAACUUGCUUUGUAUGUUGUGUAAUUUAUGUUUUGUUUCAGUAAAGAAAGUUGAGAAACGGG